UUGUUUCUUUUAACCACCAUUUCUAUUAUUGAUAAUAUGUCCUCCGGAUCUGAAGCAAAAUCCUUAAAAUCAAGAGUUGGCCUAAUUAUAGACAAAGUAUGUUAAGGGAAACCGUUGGUGAUUGCAAAAUGAAAAACCGUUAGCUUAUUAAUAUAAUACAGCUUUGUGUCCUUCCCGAACCCUCUCAUGCCCUUCUAUAAGCAGCCUUGGGCCUUUUCCAAGGUUUUUGUUUUAGCCAUGGCUAAACCUCCGUCCUUUGGCUGCUGCUUCUUCCUCUUAUUCUUCUCCUUCCUAUCUUCUCCCUUUGUCUCAUUUGCCUUAACCGAUACAGAAGCUGCCUUCAUUGUGCAGCGACAGCUCUUAACGUUACCAGAGAAUGGCGAACUUCCUGAUGACAUUGAAUACGAGGUUGAUCUCAAGGCUACAUUUGCCAACACAAGGCUCAAGAAAGCUUAUAUAGCUCUUCAGGCUUGGAAAAAGGCAAUAUAUUCAGACCCGUUUAACACCACGGGAAACUGGCAUGGCCCGCACGUGUGUAGCUACACCGGUGUGGUUUGUGCGCCAGCUCUUGAUGAUUCCGAGGUCACGGUUGUAGCUGGUGUUGACCUAAACGGUGCUGAUAUCGCAGGACAUUUGCCUGCUGAGCUUGGUUUGAUGACAGAUGUUGCUAUGUUCCAUUUGAAUUCAAACCGGUUUUGCGGGAUUAUACCUAAAAGCUUUGAGAAGUUGAAGCUAAUGCACGAAUUCGAUGUCAGUAACAACCGUUUCGUUGGAACUUUCCCUGACGUUGUCCUCUCUUGGCCUGAAGUCAAAUACUUCGACCUUAGGUUCAACGAUUUCGAAGGUCAAGUCCCUCCUGAGCUUUUCAAGAAGCAACUUGACGCCAUUUUCUUGAACAACAAUAGAUUCACCUCGGUGAUUCCUGAAUCUCUAGGGGAAUCUCCGGCCUCGGUUGUGACUUUUGCUAACAAUAAAUUCACCGGUUGUAUCCCUAAGAGUAUCGGCAAUAUGAAGAAUCUCAACGAGAUUGUCUUUAUGGACAAUGCUUUGGGAGGUUGUUUCCCGUCCGAAAUCGGCAAGUUAUCGAAUGUGACAGUUUUCGAUGCAAGCAAGAACUCGUUCAUAGGUCGUCUCCCGACUAGCUUUGUCGGGUUGACCGGUGUGGAGGAAUUUGAUAUCUCCGGGAACAAACUCACAGGACUUGUACCGGAUAACAUUUGCAAGUUGCCUAAUUUGGUGAACUUCACUUACUCGUACAAUUACUUCAAUGGACAAGGAGGUUCGUGUGUUCCAGGUGGUGCUCGCAAGGAAAUUGCAUUGGACGACAUACGUAAUUGCUUGCCUGCUCGACCUGACCAACGAUCUUCCCAGGAAUGUGCCGUCGUGAUUAACCGCCCAGUUGAUUGUAGCAAGGACAAGUGCGCUGGUGGCGGAGGUGAUGGCUCUUCAACUCCAUCGGAACCAUCGCCGGUUCCAACUACGCCGGUUUACAAACCAGUGCCAGUUCCAACUACGCCGGUACACAAACCAGCGCCAGUUCCAACUACGCCGGUUCACAAACCAUCGCCGGUUUACAAACCAGUGCCAGUUCCAACUACGCCGGUACACAAACCAGCGCCAGUUCCAACUACGCCGGAUCACAAACCAUCGCCGGUUCACAGACCAGCGCCAGUUCCAACUACGCCGGUUCACAAACCAUCGCCAGUUCCAACUAAACCGGUUGACAAACCAUCGCCAGUUCCAGCUCCGGCAGUUCCAUCUCGGCCGGUUCAAAAACCACAACCGCCAAAAGAGUCACCGCAACCGGAUGAUCCUUAUGAUCAAUCUCCAGUGACGAAAAGGCGCAGCCCUCCUCCACCUCAGUCACAACCUCCGGUGAUUCAUUCUCCUCCUCCGGCUCCGGUACACUCUCCACCACCGCCGGUGCACUCUCCGCCACCACCGGUUCACUCUCCGCCACCUCCGGUGCACUCUCCGCCCCCACCGGUGCACUCUCCGNCUUACUCGUACAAUUACUUCAAUGGACAAGGAGGUUCGUGUGUUCCAGGUGGUGCUCGCAAGGAAAUUGCAUUGGACGACAUACGUAAUUGCUUGCCUGCUCGACCUGACCAACGAUCUUCCCAGGAAUGUGCCGUCGUGAUUAACCGCCCAGUUGAUUGUAGCAAGGACAAGUGCGCUGGUGGCGGAGGUGAUGGCUCUUCAACUCCAUCGGAACCAUCGCCGGUUCCAACUACGCCGGUUUACAAACCAGUGCCAGUUCCAACUACGCCGGUACACAAACCAGCGCCAGUUCCAACUACGCCGGUUCACAAACCAUCGCCGGUUUACAAACCAGUGCCAGUUCCAACUACGCCGNCGCCACCACCGGUCCAUUCGCCACCGCCACCUGUUCACUCGCCACCACCGCCACCGGUUCACUCCCCGCCCCCACCGGUUUACUCUCCGCCGCCACCAGCACCUGUUAGCUCNGCUUCCAGNUCGCCAUCGCCAGUCCAACCUUCACCAACACCAACGGUCUUUUCGCCACCGCCGUCACAAUCUCCGCCAGGAACGCCGAAGAUCAACUCCCCAACGGCUCAAGCACCAGCUCCAAGUGAUGAUGAUUUCAGCAUACCAAAGUUCAUCGGCCACCAAUACGCAUCCCCACCGCCGCCAAUGUUCCCAGGCUACUAAUAUCAGUCGGAAGAGAAAAGAAGAAGGCUAUAUAUGCGUAGCAGCUCUGUAUCGUCUUUGGACUAUUUGUAAAAAAAGAAAAAUUUGAGGAAGAAGAAGAGAAACGGUAAAAAAAAUAUGACAUAUCAAAACAAAAUGAA